CUCAAUAGGAGCACAGCUCUCGCGCUCACCGCAGGUUUAUAUCCCUAUGGCUGCUCUGCUGUUUUCUGUGCGGGAAGGUCAAGUUGGUCUACCUCCCCGGGUACUGGGCUUUUCCUUAGAGGCCAGUAUUGCACCGGGUCGAGUGGUACGUUCCGGUGCUCCGGGCGGAAGUGUGCUCUUCUUCCCGUAGUGCAGAAGAGGCGAAGGGGAAAAUGGCGGCUCUGGGAUGUCUCACACUUUUCAUCUUAGCUUUAAUAUUUGUGGCCAACAUCCGAGCUCUGACUCCUAGCCAUUAUCUCACAAAACACGAUGUCGAGAGGCUACGAGCUUCCUUGGAGCGUCCAUUCUCUGAUUUGGAGGGGAGUUAUUACUCCAUUGUAGGACUCAACAAAUUAGGAGGGCAAGUGGCUGACCAGAAGGCUGCUUGUACCUUCAUCAAAUCUAAGCUGGACCCUAAUAGUAUUGAUUCCCUCUUCUAUGCUGCACAAGCCAGCCAGGCAUUGUCUGGAUGCGAGAUUGCCAUUUCAAAUGAGACCAGAGAGCUCCUGCUUGCCGCUGUGAGUGAGGACUCCACCGUCACUCAGAUCUACCAUGCUGUGGGAGCCUUGAGUGGCUUUGGGCUCCCUCUCGCCUCCCAAGAAGCCCUGAGUGCCCUCACUUCUCGUCUUAGCAAGGAAGAGAAUGUCCUGGCAACAAUUCAGGCGUUGCAGACAGCAUCAUACUUAUCCCAGCAGGCAGACUUGAGAGGCAUUGUAGAAGAGAUAGAGGAUCUUGUUGCCCGACUGGAUGACCUAGGAGGAGUUUAUCUGCAGUUUGAAGAAGGACUUGAGACAACUGCAUUGUUUGUGGCUGCUACAUAUGGAUUGUCUGACCAUGUAGGGACAGAACCAGCAAUGAAAGAGGAUCAAAUCAUCCAGGUGGUGAAUGCAAUUUUCAGCAAGAAGAACUUUGAGGUUCUUUCUGAAGCCUUCAGUGUGGCUUGUGCCGCAGCUUCCCUUUCCCAGAAUCAUUACCACUUGCCAGUCAUUGUCGUCCCUGCUGGGCCUGCUGCUGUGUCUCACCAUCAACCCAUACUUGGGCUCCAAGUGACCAAUGUUAUGUCGCAGCCACUGACUCAAGCUAGUGUAAACUUAGAGAAUGCAAAAUCUUCUGCUACUAAAGCUGCUGUCCUUCAUCAGACUCCCUUUACCUUGUCUGGAGAUGCCUUUGAGCUGAACUUCAUGAAUGUUAAACCUGCCAGCGGCUAUUACGAUUUUGCGAUCAGUGUUAAUGGGGACAGUCGAUUUAUUGCAAACAAAGUUGAGUUGAAAGUCAAAGUCUCAACAGAAGUUGGCAUUACAAAUGUGGAUCUAUUUACUGUGGAUAAAGAUCAGAGCAUUGCACCAAAAACGACCAGGGUAGCUUACCCAGCUAAAGCCAAAGGAUCCUUCACUGCUGACAGCCAUCAGAAUUUUGCCUUGUCCUUCCAGCUGGUGGAUGUGAACACUGGAGCAGAACUCAUCCCCCACCAGACCUUUGUACGGCUUCACAAUCAGAAGACGGGGCAGGAGGUGGUCUUUGUGGCAGAACCAGACAGUAAAAACAUCUACAAGUUUGAACUGGACACUUCAGAGAGAAAAACAGAGUUUGACUCAGCCUCUGGGACCUAUGCUCUUUAUUUGAUCAUUGGUGAUGCUACUCUGGAAAAUCCAGUCCUCUGGAAUGUGGCUGAUGUUGUUAUCAAAUUCCCAGAGGAAGAUGCUCCAUCCACAGUUCAAUCAAAGAGCCUUUUCACUCCCAAGCCAGAGAUACAGCACCUGUUCAGGGAACCGGAGAAGAGGCCUCCCACUGUUGUAUCCAACACAUUCACAGCCUUGAUACUUUCUCCUCUGCUUUUGCUCUUCAUUCUGUGGAUAAAGAUCGGGGCUAACAUCUCCAACUUCAGCUUUGCUCCCAGCACUAUUAUCUUUCAUCUUGGUCAUGCAGCAAUGUUGGGGCUCAUGUAUGUCUACUGGACUCAGCUCAACAUGUUUCAGACCCUGAAGUACCUGGCCAUUCUGGGCAGUCUCACCUUCCUAGCAGGCAACAGAAUGUUGGCUCACAAAGCAGUGAAAAGGAUCGCUGCAGAACAGAGCAGUAGGUUGGCAAAGUAUAGGACGCUGCGAUAAAAGGGGUUGUACUAGUGACCAGCUCUUCCUAGAAUAAGAUGCCCGAACCAAAAUAGCUUCAGAAACAAAUCUGCUCUUCAUUCAUAGCCCCACUGAUUAAACAACCCAAGUUCUUGGAGACCGAUCAGCUAAUUAAUGGUUGCAACCCCAUUGUGUACAGAGUGGUUGUGUCUGAUGUGGGACAAAAUAAAUGGGAAACACUCCACUGUGCGUUUUCCCUGUGCCAAGGGUGUUUUGGCUAGAGGGGAACAUAGUGAAAGCUUUUAUUGCACAAGCUUGCUUUAAUGUGGCUCUAUCAAUGUUGCUUUCCUGAUCUGCCCUGUCUCGGCUGGCUCUCUAACCAGACAUCUCGGGAAGAGAAUGGGGAGACUCGAGUGGUCUAGAGAAGGAGGAACCCAGCCUAGACCUUUUGGUCUCAGUUGGGUGUAAAGCGAAGUGUUGCAGCAUCAUUGCUGUCGGCAACACAGGAAUGUAUCCUGUGUUUUAUUUAUAUCUAUCUAUGCAAACCACUUUGGAAACUUUUGAAAAGCGGAAUAUAAAUGUCCAUCGUUGUAUUCGUUGUAUCCGAAGUCAGGGCUACAGAACAAAAUAGCUUUUCUGUUUGCUUCAGAGUAACAAUUGUAGUUUCGUUUUUGCUUUUCAAAGCCUUGUCUUUCAUUUCUGCUGUGAGUUGGUAAUCUGACAAGUUUCAUUUUACAUGGGAUUCAGGACUCCACAAUUCUACACUACAGAAAGAAAUUUUUGAUUCUGCAUGUUUACCGAUAAACGACUGGAAUUUUUUUGUUGUUGUUGCUCCAGUUAAUUCUUGGACCCCUCCUCUGACCUUGUUCUCAUGCUUUUACACAACUGCUGCCCCUGCCCAGUAUCCAAUGUGCUGCUUUCCCCUCCACUUUUUCCAGUCAGACUGAUAUCAUGUUAAUUUUUGAAGGAGUAAAAAUGUUCAUAAUAUUUAUUUAGACUGCAAAAUCCUAGGUUUUGAAAAGCUGAGGCUCUUGGGAAUUUAGUAGGAACAUGAUUCUGAAUUUAAAACAAGGCUCUGCAGUUCAGGAACAUGUUGAUUGGCCGAUAUGCCCAUGUGUGCCCUGGAAUGCUCCAUGACAUGGACUGCCUGGCACACUGGGGGCGGGGGGGUGUAUGCGCACGUGCGUUAAUUUCUCUGCAUGCAAUAGCUUCAUAUCUCAUGCAUUACCGUGCAUUCUUCCUGGUUUGGAAAAGGAGUUUGGAAAAAUUGUGAAGCAUUUUCAGGCAGCCUAAACUUUUGAAGUUUAAGUAUCUCUGAGACCACUGAAAGCAUUGUCCCUGGUUCGUUUCAGUGCUCUAACCAACUGUUCACAUGUUUUUUCUGUGCAGCUACCAGGACUAGACACUUACUGCUUUUAAAAUGAAAGCUGAGACUUUUCCAGGAUGUCAAAUUUAGUAUUGCAUCUCAGGUCCUGCACUUGUGCAGUCAUCCCAUUAGAUACAGAGAGUAUGUGCAAUCUUGCGCAUACUAGCAUGGAUAAAAUCCAGUCUAGAUUAUGGAUAUAAAACUUGAGAUUGCGCAGCUCAUUUAGUCUUGUGUACUUUAGGAUAUAAACAUUCAUUCUUGUAAGUCCUGGGUAUUUAAUCUUAGAAUAUUCACUAUGAGAGCACAGUUGCUCAAGAGAAGAACUUCUUGUUGCAAAUUUCAAAGAAGUUAAUCCUUCCUGGAAAUUUCCAGAAGCACACAUUUGUCUGUUUCAUACAUAAUCAUGAGUGAUUGACAAGUGAUCUAGUUUGGAGCUGAUGUAAUAUAAUAAUAAUAC